GUUGGGACCCUCUGCAAACAGGGUCUACUGCCAGAGCAGCCUCCCUUGGUCCCCCUCCCCAUGCUAGCACAGGUGGGAUGGGGAAGUGACCCCACAGAGAUGACUCCCUUCAGCACCGGCUCCUUGCUGCCACUGAUACAGGGAGGGAAAUGCUAGUAGUUGAGCUGAUUGCUGGAUAAACCUAGACUUAUCAGGUAGUCGACUUAUCAACUACUUUCCACAUCCCUUACUCUACUUGCUGAGUGGUCAUCAAUUAACCAACAUUUCUAAAUAAUGAAAUGCAUUUUGCAGUUAUGAAAGUUCCUGCUUUCCCUCCCCCUGUAAUGUUUUGACAGCCUUUCAAAUGGAGCUGUCAUUGUUAGAGGGCUGAGAAGAUGCCACUUAAAUAGUUUGAUUUAUAUGACGCUUACACUGCUGUCUUGACUCCUGAUUUGUUUUUCUCCCAUCUAAUGCUUAAAUUGCUGAUCUCAGGUUUUGUCUUUAUUAGAAUGAAGAAUCCAUCAAUAGUUGGAAUCCUGUGCACAGAUUCACAGGGCCUGAAUCUUGGCUGUCGGGGAACCCUUUCAGAUGAACAUGCAGGCGUGAUAUCAGUGCUAGCCCAGCAGGCAGCCAAACUAACUUCAGAUCCUACUGAUGUUCCUGUUGUGUGUCUGGAGUCAGAUAACGGAAAUAUCAUGAUCCAGAAGCAUGAUGGCAUCACUGUGGCAGUGCACAAAAUGGCAUCUUGACUGUUCGUACAUCUGCUUGGGUCUUUUCACCUUUGGACAUGCUGGUUGUUGGACUGCUCCAUGUUCUCUGCUGCCAGAAUACAGAAUGUACUUGCAGAACUCAAUUUGGGCCAAUCUGAAAUACAUGGUAGCUUCCCUCCUUUAAACUGGUACCAUACAGUCAGGGUCUAACUUCUAGCACGUCUGAACUUACUGUCAAGCAUGGUAUGUGCUUUAACUCCUCUUGCUUGUGUAAUGUAAGCCUAAUCUGUAGCCUUACAUGUUGAAUUCAAUAAAUUAUCUGAACAUA